ACUUUGUUCUUUGUUUCUGCUUAAUUUUUGCUCCUGAUUCUAGUUAGGCAUGGGUUUGGCUAGUUUCCUGUUUUUGUUUUUGUAAGAAAGUUAUGAUCUUUUUUUUUUGCAUUGUUAUUGUUUUGUGAAUUUGGUUUUUGGUUUCUGCAGCUAAAGUUUUAGUCUUUUUGUUUUGAUUUUGGUGGAAAAAAUGAUAAUUGAGAAUGUUACCCUAUUCCCAUGAGUUUGAGAAUGCACUAAUGCAAUCCUCCGAGAAUACGGUUUCUGAGGCUGAAUCAAAGGAGAUUCAUGUGUUUUGUAUGCUUUGGUUUCCUUACUUAUUUCCCAAACUCAGCAGUUUACAUGUGCAUAUGACAAUGUGAUGGCUUAGUUUUUUUUUUAGUAUCAGCUUGAGAUGUGAAAAUGUUGCAUUGGUGGGAAUCAAGAUGUUUGAUUUCUUACUCAGUCGUAUGCUUUGUUGUGUCACCAUAUGGUUGUUGAUGUUUCUAUGAAUACAAAACCCUAUCAGAGGGCUUCUGCAGCAAGCGAAAUGGGACAAAGAAAUAGGACUGUUGAUUUAGAAAUGGAGCAGCAGCAAUCUCAAGCUUCUCUCCAACCAGAACCUUGCAUCCUUUUAGGCAGCUUUCCCCAACAACCGGAUAUUAGUAUCCCUGCCAUGGUUGCAAAUGUUCCUAAUUUAGAACCUCAUUCUCUUCAAGACCCAGCUUAUGACAACUCAGCAAUGUUCUACGGGCUUCCUCAGUACCAGCAUCAUCCUCAUCAGCGUGCUCCAACGAAUUUAUAUGUUCCCUAUGUGGCAUUUCAGGCCCCUCCAGGUCAGUUACCAUCUUCAAGCAAUCACGGUGUAGUUGGAGUAAGUCCUGAUCAUGAAUACGAAAGAAAUGCUCAUUUUAUGGAUCACACAAGAGGGACAUAUAAACGAAAGAACGCUGAAGGAAUACCCGGACAACCUCCAUAUUUAAGUACCUUAGCAGCUCCAUUCAACACACCAGAGACAAUAGCACCUUUUGGAGGCGCUAGGAACAGACCAGGAGCUGUUACAGUGAACCCUGUUCCUCCUCCUCAUGCUCCAAAUAACUUCAUUCCAGGAAACUAUGCAGGUCAUCAUCCUUUUCCACCUCCUGGCUCAAUCUGGUAUGAUCAGCACCAUGGUAGAUCUGAUGGCUCACCUUCGUUUUGGCCUCACACACCUUACAUGCACGGUAGUAACAUUGUCGCUGGUUCCAUAGAGUCUAGUAGCAGAAACCCUACAGCAUUUAUGUAUCCUUCACAGUUAAACCCGAGGGACCACUAUUAUAGUCAUCACCCGGCACCUCCUCCUGUACAAGGCGUGAGAGGCCAGAACGCCACAUUAUAUCCUCACAUGGCUUCUCCAGCUUCAUACAGAGUUCCUCCUGGGGGUUUUGCUCCUCAGAACACAAUGAAUAGCGGUCCCCCGGGCUCAGAGAUGGGUUCGAGUCAUGUGGGUCCGGUUCAACCAACCGGGUUUCGGAUAUACCAGCAUCAUCAACGAGAUGAUUCUGUACCUGUAGCAACUCUUAGACAGCACCGUGGAGGAGUUCCUCGGCUUAGAGUGAUGCCUGAUGAUGAAGUUGCGCUUUUGGAGUUUGGUGACUUCCUUGGUGGUUCUGGAAAUAAUCACAUUGAUCAUCAUCGAGAUAUGCGAUUGGACAUCGAGGAAAUGUCUUACGAGGACCUGCUUGCGUUGAGUGAGCGAAUUGGAACCGUAAACACUGGUUUGCCAGAGGAAGAUGUUAAGAAUCAUUUGAAAACAAGAAUAUGUUCUGGAAUCAACCUUGAAAUAGAGUCGUCGUCUCCAAGAACUAAGGAUUCAGAAACUGAACCGUGCACAAUAUGUCAGGAAAGCUUCAAGAACGAAGAAAAGAUUGCGACUUUGGAUUGUGGGCACGAGUAUCAUGCGGAAUGCUUGGAGAAAUGGCUGAUUGUGAAGAACGUCUGCCCAAUCUGUAAAUCAGAGGCACUGGUUAUGGAGAAGAGAAAGGUAUAGGAAGAAGAAUGGUUAUCAUCUAAUCUUAUUGGGUUUAUAUAAAUAUAUUUAUAUAUAGAAGGAGACUUUUAAAGAAGAGAAGAAAACAGAGUUUGGGUUUGUUUUCAGCUCCAAAAGAAUUUUCUGUAAAUUUGUACUUUUUUUUUUCUUUCUUUUGUGCACAUAAAAUAUGUGUGAAUGGUCAAAAACUGUCAUCUUUUAAUUGGUUUCUUGGCUACGUGAUAAUGAAAAGUGUACAGGCUAAUUUGUUUAUU